GAGAUACCAAGAAUUUAGUUAGUCCGGGAGCAGUGGCUGAGAGAGGUGUCCGCGGCCUCCCUCCCUCGCUCGUCUAUGGCGCGGAGCUCUCAGUUACCUCCACGCAGCGGAGGCGAGUGGCACGGAUACGCUCCACGCCCACUCCCACCACCACGGACUUGCUUCUCUAUACACCCUCAUCCACCAGUGAUGUAUUGCUUCUCCAUUCUGUGUCAUCUGAAUGAAUCAGGAUCCAGAAGUUUGGAGGCAGUGAGCGACUUUGUGGAGUGAGACACUUUGAUAGACGAGUGCUCGACCAAAAGAUACAAAGCUGUAGAAAAGUAAAUCAUUCUUUCUCCACGCAAGUGCUUCCUCUAUCACUUGAAACAACUGUGAAGUGUGGACAAUCAAAAGUGCCAAAGUGACGCUGACGAGUUUGACAGUGUCCCGCGGCAAGCUGGGCCCCGCGAGUGUUCCUGGUCCUCUGUGCUCGUCUGUACCAAUACAAAAGGUCAUGAUGUUGGUGUGUCCUGGUUGUCACGUCGGGAUGGCCGCCGCCCCAGUCCUACCCGCGGCCCACUGCCUGCCUGCCGCCCACCUCACGGCGGCGGGUGUACAGCCGCCUUACGUCUGCGGCCGGAUGUUCCAGAUGGGCGGAGCAGCGGGGCUACGGCCGUGCCUGACAGUGCCUCACGACGCCUGCCACGUCAUCUGCUGUUUGUCCUGCCCGCACUCCUGCACCGUCCUUCGGCCCUGCGUCGCCUCCGAGGCGCGCAACAGCCUCCACACCUCUGGCGGUGGGCUGUUGGAGGGGCAGGGGGACAACGGACGAAGCACCUCUCCCGACACCAAGAUCAACCAUAUGGGCAGCCACAACCCUUUCUUCACGACCUGUCAGGCUGCCCUGCCGGCUGCCAAGGCGUGCCCCACCAACUGCUUUCUGCCGAGCCCUACGCAUUCCCAGCUCGCGCAAGCCGCCUCUCUCAACCCUUUCCUCGUAAGCUCCUCAAACUCCUUACCCACCACUAAAGUUGCCCCGAAGGUGACGCUCACUCCUCCACCUGAACCAGAGAAGAAUGACAGCCAGGUCCUCACGGAGACGAGACGCAAGCUGGAGGAAAGUGGCUGGUAUCACGGGUCCCUCACGUGGCAGCAAGCCGCGACACUUUUGCGAGACACUCCUGUCGGCACCUUCCUGCUGCGGGAUUCAGCCAGUCCGCAGUGCCUCUACUCCCUCAGCGUGAACACCACCAACGGCCCCACUAGCGUCAGAAUCCACUACUCCUGCGGCAGGUUCAGACUGGACUGCACCGGCCACAGCCAAAGACACACGCCAGAGUUCACGGGCGUGGUGGAGCUGGUUGAGCACUACGUGAACGUGGCCUCCACCCAGGUGUGGGUCGACCAUGAAGGAAACACCUUUAGCCCUAUUGACAUCAGGCGGCCGCUGCGACGCUCGACCCCAUCGCUCCAGCACCUGUGCCGCCUCGCCAUCAGCGCCUCCGGCGGGAACACUAAGAGCAGCAGCAGUAGUGACCUGCCUCAAGCUCUACAAAGCUUCCUUCAGGCCUACCCGCACACGGUCUGACACGGGCGAUGCGACACGCCCUGUGGGCUUGCUUCAAGAAAUACCUGCGCCUGCUCUCGCCAUCUUACCCAGUAAUCUUGGACUGACUGGGCUGACCUCUGCCCAGCCAAGGCGAUGUAAAAGAGAGAGAGAGCGGGAGAGGCUAACGCACAAACUUGACUGCGAGCUGCAGCUGUGGGUGCCAAACGUCUCAAAGUGCAUCUGUGAUCAUCUCAACACAUGGUAGCUACUCUAGGACCAACAACCCCGUCACAUCCCCUCCCACAUGGUAGUAUGUCCCCCCAACGCCCUGCCCCACCCCGUCCCGCCCUGAAGGCUGGCUGGGAUCAGCUUUUGGCAAAUGUCUCAUGAUCUCAUUCCCUCUCCGCCUCCCUAUUUCCAAACUCGAGGCUCCCACAAGUACGCUACGAGGACACACUUCCCUACAAAUGAUUCUGGACUGGACUUGAAGCUCGUGACAACAAAUACUUAUCGAGAUGCAAUGGAACCAGAAUACUUCCGCCCCGCGGCUCACCUUGACUGUCUCCACCUCUCACUCCUGCCUCACAUCCAGGCCCGGGAGGGUUGUUUCCGGGGCACCGGCAGUGAGGUUAAUGCGUAAUGGACAAGGUUCGCUUGUGCGGGUCGCUUUCAUCACUUUUCGGGGAGGGGCAACUGUGGCAUGGACCGAACCCUGAUGGGCUGCUCUACUGUUAGGGUGACGCCUUAUUUAUUUAAACGCUUAUUUAUUUGUAAAGUAUUCUCUUAUACUCUUCCCGGAGACAUGAGUUCCAGUACGACUUGAGGCACAUGAAGGGGAAAUCAGAGAGACCACGUCGUGUCAGUGUUUACCAGUAUUUAUCAGAGUUGUACAGGCACGUCAUGUGACAGUCGAAAGAGCUUCCAUGAUGACCUUUAGCUGUCCGGGGUGACGAGGCCUCACUUCUUCUCAGA